CUUCCCCUAUCGCCUCUAUAAAUACUCAUAGCUUUGUACACGUGCUUUCUUCCUCCCCGGCCUCGUUGCUCCCUCUGCUUCGAAGUUUCUCCGUUUCCGAAGCCGAAGGUGUUCUAGUACGGUAAAAUGGAGCAUUGCAGAGGAUUCGAGCAGAACGCCCUCCUUGCAUCUCGUGAGGAGAUGAGAGGCUUCGUAUCUAUUCUUGAUCGGAAGGAUUUCAUUGUUUGCCCAAGGCCAAGACGCAUUGGUCUUUCUUCGCACAAUUCUUUGAGGCCUAUGAGAUGCCAUACGAUCUAUGCGACUGAGUCCUGCAAUUCGAAGGCAGGGGUGGAGCUGCUGGACCUUAUUCUGACAAAGGAGGAUCCUGUGUUUGAGCCGCAUCAUGCAUCUGAAAUAGCAUCACCACCACCAUUUUUUUCUGGAUCUCCUCCAAGCAGGGCUAGUAACCCCUUGAUCCAAGAUGCCAGAUUCAGGGAUGAAGGAACCAAGCCGAUUUCAGCAUUUUUUGGUGCCUCGCCAUCAGGUUUACCUUCUCCACUAUCAUCUGCACAUGAAGGGCGUAUCAGAAAGCCGUUUGGGGCUAAACCUGCUGCUGCUGUUAGGGUAGAAGGAUUCAAUAUUCUUGGCAGGGAAAGCAAAAAUGCUGACAUCCCUGCAGCUGUUAGAGUAGAAGGUUUUGAUAUUCUUAACAGGGAUCGCCCAAAUUCUGGCAUCCCUUCCACCGCUAGAGUAGAAGGUUUUGAUAUUCUUAACCGAGAUCGCCGAAAUUCAAGUGUUUCUGCUGCUGCUUAGGACCUAACCUUCCGACUGUACAUAGAGAGGGAAGCUAUAUCCUCACCAAUCUCUGUAGAUAAGGAUUUUCACAUAUUUCAGAAGAGAGGACUAAGGCGCUACUUUAGCAGUGCGUGUAAAUAGGAUGAGAUUUGUUUCAUGUUACCUGUAAGUAGGAUUACUUUGGAUGGAGAAGUGGAAUCGGGGCAUCCAUUCUAGUCGAAAGUGCUUGAGUAUUUGAGAGAGUUCGUUGUGAUAAUAUGGAGAUGAUUAGUAAUAGUAGGUGAGUUUAAGUUUUCCUGCAGAUCACAUCGAGAAACCCUGUACAGCUGGCGAAAUUCAGGCUUGUAAACGUAUGAUCUUACUACUAGUCCUCAGUGGUAUUCGGUAUUGUCCAAGUUUCUUUUAUCCGCUCAGUUUCCCUGGCGCCAAACGAUGUCUGCCCAAUCAUGUAAACAUACGGACCUCAAAUUGCUUCUGUGUUAAUCUAAAUACCAUUGAGUGAAAA